GUUAAUGUGGGGUCUGACACUGAGACAUGGCUGGGGAUGCGAGAAGAACGAGAAGCAUGGAUUCAAGUGGUUGACAAAGGCUGCUGAGAGCGCAGUUGAGGAUCUAGAAAGAGCGAAGGGUGGACUUGGUGCAGAUGCAGUCAAGACAGAGCUUGUCAUCGCCAUCUACGAGGUUGGCCAAUGUUUCUUUCAGGGGUGGGGGGUGGAUAAAGACAAGAAGAUGGCUGUGGUGGCUAUUUCUGAAUGGCAGAGCUAUUACAAGGUGGCAGCAAACCUUGGGGAUGCUGAUGCUCAACAAGAUCUUGCGUUCUGCCUAGCAAAUGGAAAAGGCUGCAAGAAGGAUAAGAAGGAGGCAGCAAUGUGGUACCGUGCAGCUGUGAGUGAUUAUGUGCGAUUAUACGUUUUCAACGCUGAUUUCAAAUCAUAG